CUUACUUAGUGCCCAAUUCGUCAAUAUACCAGAAAGUACGCUGACUGUAAUCAAAACUCUUCCUGUGCCCCCCACAAAUUCCGCCCCAUUCUCCCUUCUCGUUAUGAGUUUGGGCUGAUCGUUAUCAAUGGGCGUGCUGGGCGCGGCGGGGGGCAUGCGGCGCGCACACGCCGCCGCGCUGACCGCGCUCGCCGCCCUGCUGCUGCUGCUGCUGGCCCGCCACGCGCCCGCACCGCCGCCGCGCCGUCCGCGCCCUCUGCAUCUCCCACCCGCGCCGCACGUCACGCCUCCCGCCGCGCCCGCAGCGUCCCUCGCCCACAACACCACCACACACGCGCCCACGCCGGCGCCCACACCGGCGCCGCCGCCCCGCGACCCCCGCAUCAUCCUCACCCGCGACGUGUAUGUAGCGGGACACGAGCGGCCGCACCCCGAGCUGUGCCCCGCGCUGGGCGCGCGCCUUCAGUUGCUCGUGCUCGUCACCUCGGCGCCCUCGCACGCCAGCGCGCGGGACGCCGUGCGCCUCACCUGGGGACACUACGCCUCCCGGAGCGACGUCGCCCUCGCCUUCGUGCUGGGCGCGCCGCCCGCCGCGUUACGACCCGCCAUAGACGCCGAGGACUCGCUGUACGGCGACCUCAUCGUCGGCAGAUCCAUAGACUCGUACUCGAAUCUGACUCUGAAGACGUUGUCGAUGCUGGAGUGGGCGGACACGUACUGCCCGCGCGCGCCGCGUCUGCUCAAGACCGACGACGACAUGUUCAUCAACGUGCCGCGCCUGCUCAAGUUCGCCACCGCCCCCAACAGGGUCAACGCCACCAAGACCAUCUGGGGCAAGGUCGUCAAGAAGUCGCUGCCGAAGCGCACCACCAAGUCAAAGUACUACGUGUCGCCGCUGCAGUUCCCCGGCAAGGUGUUCCCCGACUUCGCGACGGGUCCCGCGUACCUGGUGUCGGGGGACGCGAUACGCACACUGCUGGGUGCCGCGGGAGGCGAGCGCUACUUGCGGCUGGAGGACGUGUUCGUGACGGGCGUGUUGGCGGCGCGGCUGAAGAUAUCGCGCGUGCACUCCGCGGAGUUCUACAACCGCAAGGUGGCGCCGCACCCGUGUGCGGUGCAGCGCGGCAUCGCCAUACACAUGGUGCGAUACCACGAGCAGUUCGAUCUCUGGAGGAAACUUCUAGACGGUAAGACCAAGUGUGCCAGCUAGCGGUCACUCGCAUAGCUGACCACCCGAUCGAUAUUCUAUCCUUACUUUGUAUGAAACGAAGUACAGAUUAUUCGAAUGCCCUCUAAAUAGAUUAAAGUUUCUAUUGAAAUGAUUUCGGCCGUAAAAUGAGAUUUAUCGAUCGACUUGUAUCUCAAUUCUUAUAGGUGUUAAGUAAAGAUGGUAUAAAAAUAUACAUAUUUAAAACUUUAGUAAAUACUCUCGAAUAUAAAAUGCUCCGUU